AUGAAAGGCACUAUUCACAAAACAAUCAUGAUAUUUCUUGGUAUUAUGGAUAUCCCGCUGAUGAUUACUAUAAUAUGGACUGGGUUUUCAUUAAUGGUUUAUCGACACGAGAGUUUAACUGAUACUUUCAAAAACGCGAAAUUUUCAAAGACAAUCCUGAAUGCUAAACCUUAUUUAAAGGACUCCACAGCGAUUUUUAACUUUUCCUGUGAAGUUACUCUGUAUGCAAUAACAUUAUCCAUAUUCAACCUGACGAGUUUCCUAUGGUCAGCCUGUGUUCUACAACAGAUGGAAAACAUGACACGGCUGAUUGCACGCCUGAAGGUAACACGUUUCUCGCGCUUCUUUCUCGUCGAAGAUUUCCACUACAAUCUGCGCAAGUUGAAUCGGAACGAGCGAGUGACAAGCGCGUCGAUGCGGAAAUGCGCGCUGGAAUACGCCGAGCUAUUGCAAAAAGGCAAACGAAUCAAUCACGUUUUUGCAUUCUACGUGCUGAUUACCAUACCGAUACUGUCCCUGCAAAUGAUCUGCUGGACAUUCGCCGUGUGUCUGUGGAUUCAGCGCGAGGACAAUGAUCAAACAGCGGCGGAAAACGCUGUGAUUGAUGAAAUUUAUAUUUUAAUACUGUUGGAUUUGUUUUAUUUCACGGGACUAGUUGAGAUUAUACUGCCCUGUACCUUGGUGGAUGAUACAAACGAUGAUUUCACACAGAAUUUGAACAAAUUUGAAGAAUUCGUGAAAGAAAACCGAGGAUAUUGCCAAGAUGUAUCACACAAUGAAAUUUCUUCACUGAUCCUACACAAUUUUCACCAGAAGUUAGAAUUCAACGCAUUGGGGAUGUUCAAAAUAGACGGGAGUUUGCUGUAUGGACUUUUUGGAUCAAUAACCACCACGUUAAUUAUUCUUAUUCAAUUCGAAAUUUAA